UGUCUGACAAUGGACUUGCACUCAGUCUGGUUGAUUAUUAAUCAGAAGACGUUUUUCAGUCAAGUACUAUUUAUGGUCUCAUGUUACAGCGUCCAAGUGUAGUACAGUAACAGGACAGUCGCCAGAUGCAUUUUCUUUCCUGCGUUACAAAACCACACAGCUGGAACAGGCGUUCACCUUAGCCAAACGGUUUCUGCACGUCGUUAACUGUACAAGUUCACAACAGGGCUCAGUGCACUAGCGCUCAGCACCCACUGACGCCAACCACGAGCACCACUGCAGAAGGCCCACCGCAUGCAACAGCUGAAUGAGCGGAGCAAUAGCAUUCGCGUGAGACUGGCACAGAGCCAUUCCACUUCCAGCAGCAGCUCUUAGCGGUGCCGUGCCAGCUGCUAAUACUCUGGGGAUGACAAUGGUUGGGAUGUGGAAAACGCCCAUCAAUGACGGAAGCAUUUGCAUUCUCCUCCUCGCCCUCGUGGCCAGCGCCAUACAUUUAACUGGUGCAGAAUCUUUCUGUGCAAAUAAAUGUGGCCAGCAACUAUCUAAUUGUUCCUGCCUUGUGACUUGUGAAUCUCUGAAUAACUGCUGCCCAAAUUAUCGGGACUAUUGUUUGAUGAUCUCACCCCAUUCUGGAACCUUGAUGGGAGGGACUAGCUUCAUGAUAUUAAAUAGAACAUUUGAUCAAAGUUCUCAGGUAGUUUGCAGGUUUAAUUCUGAAAUCAACACAAAGGGAUACAUAGAUGAAAAUGGCUAUGCCCACUGUAUUUCUCCACUGUUAUAUGAGAGUGGACGCAUUCCCUUUCAACUGUCAUUGGAUAAUGGACAAAACUUCUUGCGUUCUGGAACAUGGUUAUCAGUCCAUCACAGCAAAGUAGCAACAUCUUCGAAAAGUACUUUGGUGAAUGCCACAAAAUGGCAGUACUAUGGAACUCCAGGCACAGGAGGAACCUUGAGCUUAACAUGGAUUGCCAAACAACUUCCAGCAAGUUCUGUAAACAUAGAAGUGUGGGGUUACCAUGAAGAAGGUGAGCCCUACACAGAUGAAUGGACUGCUGAAUGGAAGUAUUUGUAUUCCAUUGGAGAGCGGUUGCCAAAUAAUGGAACCUUUACCUUCCUUCCUACCCCUGCAAAUAAACCAUAUUCUGACUGGGAUAUGGGAAUUCUGAGGAUGGUGUCCAGUGGCUCUUCCAGUGGAGAGGAAAACAUCAAUGCUAUAUGGAGCCCUGUGCAUGCUCUUGCAUGGCAUCUUGAAGAACACUUCAGGAAGGACACUGCUAUAUGGGCGUACAACAAGUGCCUUGCUUGGCAUCACAAAGAGGAGAAACUUCCCAAUUUCUUGUCUGAAAUAUUAGACUGCCCUUGUACCUUGGAGCAAUCCAGAGCAGACACUGGAAGGUUUCAUACAGACUACGGAUGUGACAUUGAGAAAGGAAGUGUAUGUACAUACCAUCCUGGAGCAGUGCAUUGUGUUCGAGGCAUUCAGGGCAGCCCACAGUACAAAGCAGGACAGCAGUGCUGCUAUGAUGCCACUGGUGCCCAGGUCCUAACUGCUGAUUCCAUUGGAGGAAGCACACCUGACAGAGGCCAUGACUGGGGAUCUCCUCCUUACCGAAAGCCUCCCAGAGUUCCAGGCUUUUCUCAUUGGGCAUAUGAUGUUAUUACAUUCUACUACUGUUGCCUUUGGUCUGACAACUGCCACUACUACUUUAUGCAUCGACCAUCUAGUGACUGCAGAACUUAUAAACCACCAAAGGCAGGUACUGCAUUUGGUGAUCCACACUUCAUUACAUUUGAUGGUUCAAAGUUCACAUUCAAUGGAAAAGGAGAAUAUACACUGCUAAGAUCCGAGUACUGGUCAUUGACAGUCCAAGGGAGGACACAACAAGUCACAUAUGAAAAUGGGACCGGGGCUCCAGCUACUGGUAUUUCAGCAAUUGCCAUGCAGGAAAAUAGUUCAGAUGUGAUUGAGGUUCGGGCUUUGGGUCAUCUGAACCACCUGCAGGUUCUGCUGAAUCAAGAGGUGAUAAGCUUUGAUGAACAGAGCUGGAUGGACUUGAAAGGAGUCUUUGUCUAUUCAGCCAUCCCUGAGAAUGUUACAGUCAUGUUUCCAUCUGGUGCUGGAAUCGAGGUUCGAGGCCAAGGACGAGUUAUCUCUGUGACCAUACUGUUGCCUGAGGAGUUUGUGAACCGUACUGAAGGAAUUUUAGGGGUAAUGAAUAAUGAUCCAGCAGAUGAUUUUGUAUUCAGAAAUGGGACAGUCCUACCAGUCAAUGCUAAUGCAGAACAACUCUUUGAAUUUGGGGCCAGCUGGGCUAUAGAAAAUGCAACAUCUCUCUUUACCUAUGACAGUGAGUUUUUGUUGACAGACUAUUACCAUGCCUUGAAACAUGACCCUGGCUUCAUUCCUGUAUUUUCUGUAAAAGAGGACCCCAGCGAUCCACUGAAUUCACUUAUGAAGGAAGUCUGUGACUCUGAUCUGUACUGCAUAUUUGAUACUCUGACGGUAAGGAGCAUCCAAGCAGGAAAUGCAACUAAAACUGCACACCAGAGCCAUGAAACAUUAAAUAAGCACCUUCAGCCAGUGGUGUCUUGUGGCUGGCUUGCUCCACCUGCAAAUGGAAAAAAAGAGGGGACAACAUACAUCUUGGGUUCACUUGUGACAUUUAGCUGCAACAAAGGUUAUAUCAUCUUUGGAUCUCCAGAAAGGACAUGCCAACCCGAUGGAAAGUGGUCAGGUGACACUACUCACUGUGUACGAGAUAAUACCCUAGGAAUUGUGUUGGGGAGUGUGUUUGGAAGUAUUGUAUUAAUUGCUGUGAUUACACUGAUCGGUGUAAAAAUCCAUAGAGACAGAAGGAAGAAGAAAGAGGCCACUGAUCGUGUAGAACCUGUAUACAUGAAUAAGAAUUCAGAUUAAAAUAAAGCCAAGCAUAACCUAUGCGAAGAAGGUUGAUUUGUCCUAGUUUAAUUAAAUUUAUUGAGGCAGAUGAAGUGGAAAUGAGAUACAUGCCUUACCUCACAGAUAUUUUCAAACUGAACUGCUUUAUGCCAGAUUGUUUAUGAAAUAAUCUCACUGAUGGAGGUUUUACGUAGUACAAAGUCAGUGAAGUGAAUAUGUUUUGUCGGGCUAACAAUUAUAUAGCACUUUCAUCUUGAUAUAACUAAAUAAAGUGAUACAUAUUUUAGAAAAUU